AUGAAGACUCCAAUUCUGAUUGCGCUCAUUUUGGUCUUUGCCAGCUGUUUUCCAGUUCCAAAAGCCCACUCAUCAUCUUCUCAGAAGGUAGGAAGAAGAUUCUCUGCUCCAGUCCAACCUGCAUCAAGAGCAGCACUAUCUAAACAGGUAGUUCCCAAAUCAUCUUCAGCACGGAAGGUGUUACCAUCCUCAAAAGAGUCCAGGGUUUCUCAAUUUGCAUCAAGGCAGUCUCGGCCUGCCAAGAAACCAGCAGCAGCAUCAAGAACCUCCAAACCCAAGACUUCUCGACCCACCAAAAAGCCAGUGGGAAGCUCCAAGCCCACCAGCAAGCCUUCUUGGCCUACCAAGAAGUCAGCAAAGAACCCCAAGCUCACCAGCAAGCCUUCUCGGCCCACCAAGAAGGCAGCAAACAACCCCAAGCCCACCAUCAAGCCUUCUCGAUCCGCCAAGAAGGCAGCAAAGAGCCCCAAACUCUCCAGCAAGCCUUCUCGGAUCACCAAGAAGGCAGUGAAGAGCCCCAAGCCCAUCAGUAAGCCUUCUCGGCCUGCCAAGAAGGCAGCAAAGACCCCCAAACUCUCCAGCAAGCCUUCUCGGCCCACCAAGAAGGCAGCAAACAGACCCAAGCCCACCAGCAAGCCUUCUCGGCCCACCAAGAAGGCAGCAAACAGACCCAAGCCCACCAGCAAGCCUUCUCAACCCGCCAAGAAGCCAGUAAGGAAUCCCAAGCCCACCCGCAAGGCCUCUCAACCCGCCAAGAAGACAGCAAAAAGCCCCAAACCCACACGCAAGCCUUCUCGGACCUCCAAAAAGCCAGCAAAGAACCCCAAGCCCACACGCAAGCCUUCUCAACCCGCCAAGAAGUCAGUAAAGAAUCCCAAGCCCACCAGCAAGCCUUCUCAACGCACCAAGAAGCUAGUAAGGAAUCCCAAGCCCACCCGCAAGGCCUCUCAACCCAUCAAGAAGACAGCAAAAAGCCCCAAGCCCACACGCAAGCCUUCUCGGACCUCCAAAAAGCCAGCAAAGAACCCCAAGCCCACACGCAAGCCUUCUCAACCCGCCAAGAAGUCAGUAAAGAAUCCCAAGCCCACCAGCAAGCCUUCUCAACCCGCCAAGAAGCUAGUAAGGAAUCCCAAGCCCACCCGCAAGGCCUCUCAACCCAUCAAGAAGACAGCAAAAAGCCCCAAGCCCACACGCAAGCCUUCUCGGCCCUCCAAAAAGCCAGCAAAGAACCCCAAGCCCCACACGCAAGCCUUCUCAACCCCGCCAAGAAGCCAGCGAAAACCAGCAAAGAACCCCAAGCUCACACGGAAGCCUUCUCAACCUGCCAAGAAGCCAGUGAAAAGCCCCAAGCCCACACGCAAGCCUUCUCGGCCCUCCAAAAAGCCAGCAAAGUACCCCAAGCUCACACGGAAGCCUUCUCAACCUGCCAAGAAGCCAGUGAAAAGCCCCAAGCCCACACGCAAGCCUUCUCGGCCCUCCAAAAAGCCAGCAAAGAACCCCAAGCCCACCCGCAAGCCCUCUCAACCUGCCAAGAAGCCAGCGAAAAGCCCCAAGCCCACACGCAAGCCUUCUCGGCCCUCCAAAAAGCCAGCAAAGUACCCCAAGCUCACACGGAAGCCUUCUCAACCUGCCAAGAAGCCAGCGAAAAGCCCCAAGCCCACACGCAAGCCUUCUCGGCCCUCCAAAAAGCCAGCAAAGAACCCCAAGCCCACACGCAAGCCUUCUCAACCUGCCAAGAAGCCAGUGAAAAGCCCCAAGCCCACACGCAAGCCUUCUCAACCUGCCAAGAAGCCAAUAAAGAACUCCAAGCUCACCCGCAAGCCUUCUCGACCUGCCAACAAGUCAUCAAGAAAGCCCAAGCCCACCCACAAGCCCUCUCUAUCUGCCAAAAAACCAACAUGUUCCAAACGUACACCAAAACAAUCUCCAGGGUCACAUCAUUCGCAAAAAAAACCUUCAAAUGUUCAAGUUCCACAAAAGAAGCGUAGACCUUCCAAGAUUAUUCCAAAACAACCUUCACCACAUCCUAAUGCCAAAGUUCCAUCACAUAAACAUGUCUCAUGCUCUAAACCAAAAGCACCAAAGAUCUCAUUCAUCAUCCCAUCAUCACCCACAUCCAGGCCAUCCACAUCCACCUCAUAA